ACAUUUUGUAGUACUAUUUCAGUAGCCUCAACCAUUGGGCUAGCUUCUAAUACAUUUUUUUUUUAUCCACAAGAAUCAAUGAAAUGGUGACAGUGAUAUUACAAAUCAAUAAAUGGCAUGCUUUAAACUCAUCUUUACCAUGGUAAAUCAUCACUACACUUAACAAUAUUCCAGCAUGUGUUUUUAUCUGCUUGGGAACAAAAUUUAGAAUCAUUUCUCUACAGGUACAACAAUAGGUAAGAAGAAGAUCAUUUGGCGCGACCUCAAAUUUGUCAUCUCCUUCAUGUACGGCUGCUGGGAAGAUCUUCRUGCAGUUGCUGGAAGAUUACCUUUAACAAAGAAUCUUUACUUUCCAAGAUCUGGCUUUUUUAGCCUUUMCCCUGCAUUAUUUUGUUCAUAAAUGGCUACCAAAUCUUGAUCAGUAAAAAGGAAAAUCCAUAACUUCUUUAAAAUUGGAUAAGCCCAAGUUCUCUAUCUCCAACUAAGCAGAUGCUCCAAAAUGAGUUAUGCCAAGACAAGUUCAAGGAAAGGGAGAGAGAAACAGAAUAAAAGUACAAAGAUGGCAUGGCUGGUACCACUGUUGUGGUUCAAAUAUCAUGAAAAUGAACCAUAAAUGCCAAAUAAGAAGCCUGAGCCUUUGACAAAUGCUAAUUCCAAUAUUCUGAAUGGAUAAAAGCAGAAGAAAUGACUCCAAAARUUCACCUACCUAUCUCUUCUCAUACAUACUUCCAAAGAUUUACUUAUAACUUGGGUUUGUGCAUUAAACUGUCUCUACAUUUUCCAUGAGACUCCACCUUGUCAUCAUCAAAUAUCAAGUAUCAGGAAGGGUAUUUUGGAAAUCUGCUUACACAGCUUCCUGAAAGUUAUAUUCCUCUCUGCUGUGGUAUUCAAUCUCAAUACCAAAAGARAAACCAGGKAAAGAUUCUGAUAUUCCAACUUGCAGAAAAAUGAACAGACAACCCCAUGACAUGAAAUCUCACCUCAGUAUAAAUAGAGCACAAUGGGAGCUUCAAACUCAUUAACARCCAAAAACAAAAACUUCCUUCUUAACAGAGAGACUACAUUUCCAAGAGCCAUGGACAUGAAUGCRGUGCAAGGAAUGGUAGCUGAGAGGCCMGUAGUGAUCUUCAGCAGAAGCCAAUGCUCAAUGAGCUACACWAUAAAGUCACUCAUAUCAAGCUUUGGGGCUAACCCUACUGUGUAUGAACUUGAUGAGAUACCCAAUGGGAACCAUAUUGAGUCACUGCUGCUUCAACUAGGAUGCCAGCCAUGUGUGCCUGCAGUGUUCAUAGGGCAGAAGUUAAUUGGUGGAGCCAGAGAGGUGAUGAGCCUGCAGGUCAGGAAUGAGCUUAUGCCAUUGCUCAUGAGUGCCAGAGCUAUAUGGGUUUGAAACAAAAG